UUCGUCAAUACUUAAGUAUAUAUAGGUACUUAGUUCUCAUAAAAAAAAAAAAAAACAUUACUGUUCAUCCAAGUAUACCGAUUCAAGAAUAAUUUAUAAAAUAAAUACGGCUGCAGUUAUCACUUACCAUGGGAAAAACAUCAAAAGACAAGCGAGACAUUUAUUACAGAAAAGCAAAAGAGCAAGGUUGGAGAGCAAGAAGUGCAUUUAAAUUACUGCAAAUUGAUGAUGAAUUCAAGAUCUUUAAUGGUGUAACCAAAGCUGUAGAUUUGUGUGCAGCACCAGGAAGUUGGAGUCAAGUGUUGUCUCGAAGGCUCAAUCAAAACUAUGAGAAUGUUAAGGAGACCUCCAACAAUGCAGUAGCUCCAAAAAUCAUAGCUGUUGAUCUCCAAGCAAUGGCUCCAAUAGAAGGUGUUGUUCAAAUUCAAGGAGAUAUAACAAACGUUAACACUGCUGAGCAAAUAAUUUCUCAUUUUGGCAAUGAGCAUGCAGAUCUUGUUGUGUGCGAUGGUGCUCCUGAUGUCACAGGUUUACAUGACAUGGAUGUGUACAUUCAAUCCCAACUAUUAUUGGCUGCACUGAAAAUCACAACUCAGAUAUUAAAACCAAAGGGCACAUUUGUAGCAAAAAUAUUUAGGGCCAAGGAUGCAUCUCUCUUGUAUUCACAGUUGAAAAUAUUUUUCACAUCUGUCAAGUGUGCCAAACCACUCAGUUCAAGAAACUCGAGUUUCGAAGCGUUUGUUGUUUGCAAAGACUUCUCUCCACCAGAAGGUUUUGAGCCAUCAUCGUUGAAUCCUCAACUAACAAAUUUUAGUAGUUUGACAGGAGUCAACAGAUACGUUGCUCCAUUUGUCAUAUGUGGAGAUUUAAGUCAACCAGACUCUGAUACAACGUAUCCACUAGAUUUUGAAGGGAAGAAAUUUCAGUAUUGUGAACCAAUUCAGAAGCCUAUCAGUCCGCCGUAUGAAGAGGCAAUGGCUUUUUUAAGUAUCACAAAUCUUGGAAAGGAUCCAGCCAGUAUUACUUUACAAGGUUCCAAGAGCAAGACGAUUGCUGAAGUAAUUGCUGACCAAAAAACGAAGAAAACAUCCAAUUGAAUAACGAUUACGUUCUUUAUUAUAAGUAUUAUUUAAAUGUAUACAC